UGUCAAAAAUUGUCAUUGUUUUCGUUUUAUUCAGUUUUUCGCGAAUCAUAUUCCGAGAAAACGUACAAUUUGUUCACUUAGUUAACUUUUUAUAAUUAUUGAUAAUAAAACAGUAUAAAAUAGAAAAUAUUUCAGAAGUUUUUCAAAUGUCAAUACGAAGAUAAAGUACAUAUUUAAAGGGGGAAAAUGUCCAAUUUCAACUAUAUGGACAGAGUUCCUGUUAAAAUAGCGGAAAGUUUCAAACCACCUCCUAGGUUGUACCAACUGCCUCAAUCUAUAGUUCAUAAAUUACAAUUGCCAGCGGAGCAUUAUAAUAAAUCUCCACAAUAUUGUUAUGACUUCCAGUUGGAACAAAAAGUUCUUGCCAAAAUGCCAGAAUGGCGACGUUUAAGACAACAGGAGCGAGAUGCUCGUCGUGAACGAAAAGAGCAAAGAGAGCAAGAACGUACGCAAGAACUUGAAGCCCGAAAUAAACAAAUGUUGGGCGCAGUAAGUUAUCCAAGUACCGAUGAUCUGUCUGGUUCCGAUAGUGAGUCAGAUUCUAAACAACCAAGUAAUUUCGACAGAGAAAGAAAUGAGUCUGAUACAGAGGAAAGAUUAAUUUUACCCCCGCAAAUGAACAGUUUUCAUAACAUACUACAACCUACUAUUGUUUCCAGUGCAUGUGAAAAUUCACCAAAAUCAAAUGGAAUAACUGCAUCGUGUUUGCAAACACAAACUAAGACCGGAAAGUAUUCCAGUGGUAUAAAAGAUGUAAAUGCAUUUAAUUAUAAAGACUUUGAAGAAGAUACAUCAUCACCUUUUGAUAAUAUUGAGUUAAAAACAAUUAAUGAUUUGGAUAUAUUGGCGCAAGUACUACAUAACACGCAAUUGAAUGUGCAAAAUAAGGAAAUCGAGCAUGAGGCGGAAAAAUUAGUGCAUGAGGAUAAAAUUCAAGUAGAAAUUAAAUCUGAUGUAGCACCCAAAAAUAAUACUCACGAAAAUACUGCGGAAGAGAACACUAAGGCAGACCUUAAAAAGAUUGACUUUGAUAAAUUAAGUCGCCACCAGGCUUGGCACAAUGAAAACAUUCCAAAUCCAAUGAUAGCAUAUAAUACUUUGACUAAUACUACUAACUGUAUAAGUAGCAACAGUAACACACAGGUGCACGCAUACGAUUCGUUUAUUAAUCCUGUACAGCCAACUCAACAAAAAUCUUAUCAAAUGUCUUACAAUACAUUAUAUAAUGGUGCAGAGAUUGGGCAGAAAUAUUCCAAUUUUAAUGUUCAAACACAAAACACUUCUGCUAUUUUCGGUAACCACAAUUACCUAUAUACACCCAAUUAUAAUGGUAGUGCUUCGAUUUACGGUAGCCCCAGACGUUUGGUGAAUCAUAUAACUGACGUUAAUUCUACACUCAAUGUGGCUAACAAUGCAAAUCCGAUUAAUGUCAGCAAUGGAUUAAAUUCGCAUAAUCAACAAUUUUUAAACACCAGUAAUUACGUAGAUUCAAAGUCCAGAAGCGUUCCAGAUAUACUGGAAGAGUUGAGUGACGAAGUUCGAAACUCAGAAAUACGCAGAUCUCGUUACUAUAGUUUCAAUUCUGAAGAUGGAAAACAAACUGAAGACAAGAAUAUUGAAGAAGAUAUAACUCCAAAGCAGUCACCUGUGAAAGUACCACACACAUCAUUUGGGACAAAUCAUUUUGACAAAUUGUCUCUGACUGCACAACGAUUAGUUAAAAAUAUUAGUUCUAUGGGCUUUCCGUUGGAGCGAGUGGCAAAAAUUUCAACAAUAUUCGGUACAGAUGAUAAAAAGAUAAUUGAACAUCUAAUACCACUUAGUGAAUUGAUGGAUUUGGGUUUCGACGAAGCGAAAAUUUCCGAGGCCCUACUUAAAUUUGACAACAAUAAAGAGAAAGCUUUGGAAUAUUUAAUUUCAUAAUCGCUUGUGUCCGAUAGCGUCCUAUACAUCUACAUAUUAGUAUUAAUGUAUAAUUAUAUAGUCUAUGUAUGUAAUGUAUUAUUAAUAUUUAAAAUGAGUAUAUAGUAUAUCCUUUGUGCAAGAAAUAAUGAAGAAUUGAGAGCUAUGAUAAAUAUCAACAAUUUUCAUGUAUAUAUAUGUUAUUAAGAAGAAAUUACAAAAAUAUUUGUUUAAAGAACCGAAAAUCACUGAUACAUCCGUUGUAUUUUUACAGAAAAUAUUAACGAUCAAAUAAUGCAAAUGUAAUUGAGUAUUCCUAUCAAUAAACAAAGAGAUACAAAUACAUGAAUAUAUAUUAACGUAUAUUUUAUUUUCGCAGUCUACAGAUCGUUGAAAUAGGAUGCCUAAUUCCUUUGUUUUCGCAACGUACACGUUUUGUGUUUAUUUAUCAUCCAAUUAAAAACAUCUCAGUUCUCAUCUCUUUCUAUUUCAUUAAUUCAUUGAUCCCAUUAGGAGGUUAAUAGCAACAUCAAUAUUACCACUUGCUAUAGUCAAA